AUGUCUCCUUUCUUGUCCGGCUGCCUGGACACGCUGCACGAGGGCGGCGUCGGCCUCGACUCGGCCACCGCCCUGUGCUCAAAGCUGGCCGCGCUGAAGGCCUCGCCGCUCGAGUCGCUCGAGGAGGAGCCGUCGCACUUUGCCAGCUUUGACAAGCCAGAGGACUGGAUGAAUCUGAGCGUGGCGCUGUGCUGCAUGCUCAUGGCCGCUACGGCGUCGGGUCUGACGAUGGGCGUCGUCUCGCUCGACGAGCUCGAGCUCCGCGUCAAGGAGCGCAACGUCAACGAGUCCAAGACCGAGCGAGGGUACGCGACGCGGAUUCUGCCGCUGAUCCGGCUGUCGCCUCGGCACCAGCUGCUUGUGUCGCUGCUGCUGCUGAACGCGAUCGCAAACGAGGCGAUGCCGCUCUUUCUGGACAAGCUGGUCCCUCCCUGGGCCGCCAUCCUCAUCUCCGUCACCGCGGUCCUCUUCGUUGGCGAGAUCAUCCCCGCCGCGGCGCUGGACCGGCUGCUGCCGCACGCCGAAGGCUUGCCCACGAGGCACGAGGUGAAGGCGCUGGUGGACGCUAUGGACCUCGCGACGAUGAAGCAGGUCAUCGCGCUCGGCCACUCGCGCGUGCCUGUCUACUGGGGGCCCGCCAAGUCCUCGAUCACGCGCUUCAUACACGUCAAGGACCAGAUCAUGCUCACGCCGGCCGACGCCACGCCCGUUGGGCCGGAGGACUCUCUCUUCGCGCUCCUCAACACCUUCCAGGAGGGCGCACCUCGCGAGCUCCUCAGCCCCUUCCAGCCCCUCCCUGGCCGACCGGCGCUCGCGAGCCAGGGCGAGUUCCCCGGCGGCAAGUCGGGCUGCAUCGGGGUCAUCACGCUCGAGGACAUCAUCGAGGAGAUCCUGACGGAGGAGAGGGGCCUCCGAGAUUACCCGAGAUUACCCGAGAUUGCCCGAGAUGAGAUCCUGACGGAGGAGAGGGUCCUCCGAGAGAUCUACGACGAGUCCGACAUUCGCGCCGCCAAGCAGGUCCUCAACAAGUUCGUGCUGACCAUCGUGCGGCCUCGCCUCGAAAAGAAGCGCGCAGGGGCCGCGGCGGUGGCCGCCUCCGACUCCUCGAUCCCGCCAAACAGCCCGCUGAGGCGCCCCCCUCCCUCGGCCUCUACCAGUCCAUCGUUCGGCAUCCAGUGCUCGCUAGUGGCUGGCCACCGCUCCUCGCCUAGGCGCCUCCCCUCGGUCGAGCGGCUCGUCCUGCGCUCCUCCUUCACCGAGGCGUCGGUGGAUGGGAAGCGGCGCGUCCUGCGCGGCACGGCGAGCGACGGACGUGUCCAGGACACGCCCAUGACAUGGAGACGUGUCGGCAGGCGCGUCCUGCGCGGCAAGACGCUCAAGAGCGAGCUCGCGGCGAGAUGUAACCGAGAGAUGGCCGAGAGGUGGCCGAGGGAUGGGCGAGAGAUGGGCGAGGCGCACUCGGAGCAGCCAGGCACUUCGUCGGCAGCGGCCUCGAGCGGGUCGGCGUCGCGCGAUAUGGCCUCGCCCCUCCUCGCGCCGUCGGAGCCGUAGCUAGAGGGGAGCCCCGGGACGGCGCGAGGGAUGGCGGACAAGGAAUAUUAAAAGAAUUUUGCGCUAACGUCAA